AUGGCGUACAACGCCAUCGCUCAGCUCGACCACGAGGUGGCUUCUGUCUCUUCCGCUUCCGCUUCGCCCUGUCCCUCGCCCACUCACAAACAUGCCUUUGAGCAGCUGCCGCUCGAUACUGAUCAUAUCGGGGGCGGAAGCCAUCUAGAAACUGCCAAAACUACAGAGAACCCGACUUUCAGUCGAUUAGGUUCGAUGAUCCGCUCCAUGACUGCUGCCAGCUACGAUGUAGUAGAAGAUGAUGACUAUGACGCCGAUCCUUCCCCCGAGGAGCGAGCCAACAGCCUCCGUAUCCCACCACUCAAUACGACCGCGCGAAAUCCUUCUCCGGAGCGCCCCAUUCACAGCGCAUGCAGUGAGGUUCCCGUACCUCUCAGCCACCCUACCCCGGAUUUGCAGUCGAUACAAGGAGCCUACAAAGGAAAUGUCACGCGGUUGGAGCAAAGCGCGGAGCAGCUGAGCUCGUCCUCCGCGGACAUUGAGAGCGAGAUCCGUCGCAUGGAUCAAGAGCAAAAGCGCCGCUCAGUCAGUUCCGCGUCCAAUUCAAUCCACCGGACUGGUGCAUUCUCCCCGGUAGCCACAAUUUCCUCCGCCCAUGGAUCAAUUGCGUCGCCCGGGCGUCAGCGCUCCGUAUCGGGGGCGCGUCUAGCUCAGCUUGCGGAGCCUGCACAUGAAGAGGAGCCUGAAGUGGAUGAAUUCCCUGGGCUCCCUGAUCUCCCACCGGCACAGCCCCUCUUCAAUACCCAGAGCGAUUACUAUUACGACCAAUAUGUCCCACAAGGAGUUCCCGCAGAGCCGGAGUUGCAGCGCCGGGCCUCGGUCGCAUCAUUCGAUACCUACCAGCAGGCGCGGACACUGUUCACCGACUUUGAUGGCGUCCAUUUCACACCCUUGGAACCAGGUCGCCAGGUUUCUCUGGAGCAGCCGCCGCUCGCCCGCAACCCAGACCAUUAUAAGAACCCGCGAGCAGGGGAGAAUAUGGUGUUUUAUCCCGCGCCUGUCCCACGCAUGUUGAAUCUCCCACCGAAGUUGUCACGCAGGGAAAAUAUCGACCGGGAUAAGCGUCGUACACAAAUCGCAGGCGCCAUCGCCGCUCAGGAUAGAAAGUCAACUGUUGGGCUACCCGACGCCGUCCUAGGAGACUCACGCGAUAGCCAUAACGAUAAACGUAAAUCGACAGUGCCACCACAUCUCCGUGCCAGUGUAUUUUUUGAUCAGCCGAGUACAUCACUCCAGGUCGAGGUCAAACAACAGUCCGCGGUUGCUACGCUGGAGAGUAUUUUGGACGCCUCUGCGAAUGCACCCGUUUCGGCUUUCACCGAUCACCCAUAUGCUGGUCAAGUCGGCGCGUUCAUCUACAACACGUCAAAACGCAAGACCCUGACAAAAGACCCGACAGUGCACAAGACAAACCGUCUUUCGCGGGCCAUCUUUGGCCAGUCUUAUAACACUAAUAAUGUAGAAGAAGAUGAGGUCCCCGCCACUUUGCGACAUGGCUCGGACGACUCAGAUAGAAAUGAUGAUGAGCACGGCCAUGAGCGUGGGCCGGAAGGCACUGAUGGCGAAAGUGAGGAAUCUGAAGACGAGGGGUCUGACGACGCGGAUAUUAUGGAUUAUGUUGGUCCACCGAAUACGCUCAUCGCCGAAUUGGAAUUGCGGAAACAUGAGUUGAAGCAUCGACGGCGGACAAUUGUGCCGGUGCCUUUCCGUGGUAUGCGGUCCACUUUAUUAGAAAUGGACGAUAUGGUUCAAAAGCAAAGUGAUAACCGGCGGCAACGUCCUGUCGCUUUGGCCUGGGAAGGACGGGAUGAUGACGAUGAUGUUCCCCUGGCUAUGCUGUACCCCGAGAAAACCAACAUCGAAGAAGAUCGACCUUUGGGACUGCUAGCGAUGCGGCACCAAGAAGAAAAUGAGCCUCUGAGUUCACGCCGUGCCAGGUUGCGGGGUGAACCAAUCCCGCGGCCGGAGCAACGUCCUGUUACAAUGUAUGCAGAGCCCCCGGCGCAUGUCCCUGAGCCGGCCGCCGAGAGCGAGGAUGAGACAGAAGUAGAGACCCUCGCCGAGCGAGUUCAACGGUUGAAGGGACAUAAGCGCUCGGAGAGUAAGUUCGCCAGCGACUUGAUGGCCGAAAUUGACACCCGGGCUGGAGUUGCGCCUAAAGAGCCCGAAGAAGUCCCCGUUCCCAUCGAGGAAGAGACACUCGCACAACGACGCAGUCGCCUUAGAAAAAGAGGCCGCUGCUGCUCCAGCGGCUCCAAAGAACCCGCGAAUGCGCCGGAGCAUGGCCGCGCUUACACAGGGUCGUCCCUCCCACCUUGCUCGUCAGUCGUCGUAUGA